AAGGCCUACGCACUGACACUCUAAGGUGUGAUCGAUCGACGUCAUGGCGAAGGUGCAGGUAAGGGCGAGGUUCGUGACGGAGGUGGCGCCGCCGCAGCUCGUGUCGGUCGUGCGGCGGAGGAAGGUGCCGAGGAGCCUCGACACGAUCGUCGAGGACGACAGGGAGCUGCAGCAGCUGGCCUACGGCGACCACCAUCAUCAUCAUCAGGCUACUGCCUCCGCGGCGUCGAUGAAGAGGGCGUUGCCGGCCGGCGCGCGCACUGGCGGUGCCGGGUUCAUGAGGGAGCUCAGCAGCUGCUUCUCCGGCAACGGCGACCACGGCCAGGCGGCCGGUGGCUGCUGGGAGAGCACGCGCAGUAAAGGGCACGGCCGACGAGCCGUGUUUGCUCACCGGACGCAUGCAAAUUAAGCUAACGAACAGGGCUUGCUGCUGAACUUGUUUGUUAGCUCGAUCGAUCUCAAUGGAGUGCCUUUGGCCCGUUCCGAACACUAAUAUUAGUAGUAUGCAGCUAAGCAUGCGUAGCUAACCUCCGAUGUGACUACGAGGAUUUCUGGCGAUGUCCGUUUAGUGAGAAAAGACUUUUUCGUCGACUAUAAGUCGUCUUUAAGUACUCUGUUAAAUCUCAAAAAAUAUUUUGUUGGCUCAAUAACUCGAAGGUGCUCAUAGAAUAGGAUACUUGUCGAUGCAUUAUAAAGGUGAGUAUAUGUGCCUACGCAAGCAUAUACAGUUAUAUUGUAUCAAAAAACAAUGAAUUUGGUAUUUU